CUCCUGUACUGUGUCCGCAGUCUCUGGCCAUCUCCUGUACUGUGUCCGCAGUCUCUGGCCAUCUCCUGUACUGUGUCCGCAGUCUCUGGCCAUCUCCUGUACUGUGUCCGCAGUCUCUGGCCAUCUCCUGUACUGUGUCCGCAGUCUCUGGCCAUCUCCUGUACUGUGUCCGCAGUCUCUGGCCAUCUCCUGUACUGUGUCCGCAGUCUCUGGUUAUCCCCUGUACUGUGUCCGCAGUCUCUGGUCAUCACCUGUACUGUGUCUGCAGUCUCUGGUGCGUCUUAU